AUGACGGAUAGAGAUAACGAUGAUGCGGUGCCGAGAGUCACCGAGCAAAUGAGAGAAGUGAUUGCUGAGGAGGUCGGAAAGGCAAUCGAAAAUAGUUUUUCGAGUUUCAUCGAUAAAAUCCAAAACACGGUAUUAUCAAUGGUGGAUGAGAGAAUCAAGAAAUUGAAGGAUAAUACCAAUUUAGCAAAGGAAAAGUCGGGAGGACAAAAGCCUUGUUCAUACAAGGAGUUCAUGGCGUGCAAACCGCCAAUUUACAAUGGGGAGGUUGACCCGACAGUAUGCCAACGAUGGCUAAGCGAUAUCGAGGGAGUGUUCGAAAGGACCCAUUGUGAUACAGAUGACUAUGUAGCCUAUGGCACAUGUCAGUUAAGGGGUCAAAUGAAAGACUGGUGGGAUAACAAGAAGAAAGAAAUUGGAAGUGAAGCGGCUAAGGCUAUGACAUGGGAUGAGUUUAAGACGCUGUUUCUUAAACAUCAUAGCCCCAAGGCAGUCAUUAACAAGAUCAAGGAAGAAUUUAUGCACCUUAGACACAUAGGUGAGUCCAUCGACAAAAUCACGGGAACGGAGUUUAUGACUCCUUCAAAGUAUGAGACCCUCACCGAGAUCAUAAAUGUUGCUCGGGAACGGGAGAUAGAAUUGAAGAAGCAGAUUGAAAAAGGUGAAAGAAGGGCGCAGGUGGUUAAUCCAAGCCCUACGAAAAAGGCACGCACGACUGAGUCCUCGAAGAAACAAGAGGGAAAAAGCGGGUCGCCAAGCUGCAGGGUAUGCGGGAAAGGGCACAAGGGCGAGUGCCGGUUUAAAGAUAAACCAUAUCCAAUAUGUGGGAAAACAGGGCACACGGCUGCAUUAUUGUAA